CAACGAGAAUCAUCUCACCGAAGUAAUGAGAAUCAUCUCACCGAAGCAACGAGAAUCAUCUCACCGAAACAACGAGAAUCAUCUCACCAAAGCAACGAGAAUCAUCUCACUGAAGCAACGAGAAUCAUCUCACCAAAGCAACGAGAAUCAUCUCACCGAAGCAACGAGAAUCAUCUCACCAAAGCAACGAGAAUCAUCUCACUGAAGCAACGAGAAUCAUCUCACCAAAGCAACGAGAAUCAUCUCACCGAAGCAACGAGAAUCAUCUCACCAAAGCAACGAGAAUCAUCUCACUGA